AUGGGAUUGUUGGACAAGCUGUCAGGCUUGCUCGGCCUGAAGAAGAAGGAAGUCCAUAUCCUGUGCCUUGGGCUGGAUAACAGCGGCAAAACAACCAUCGUUAACAAACUCAAACCUCCCAAUGCUCAAACUCAAGACAUAGUUCCAACAAUAGGAUUCAGUGUACAGAAAUUCAAGAUAGCCACUUUGUCUUUUACAGUGUUUGACAUGUCAGGUCAAGAGAGAUAUAGAAACCUUUGGGAACAUUAUUACAAAGACGCCCAGGCCAUUAUUUUUGUCAUUGAUAGCAGUGACAAAUUAAGAAUGGUUGUAGCCAAAGAAGAACUUGAUAUUCUCUUGAAUCAUCCAGAUAUUAAGCACCGCCGAAUACCCAUUUUAUUCUUUGCUAACAAAAUGGAUCUUAGGGAUGCGCUAACAUGUGUAAAAGUGUCCCAGUUGCUGUCUUUAGAAAACAUCAAAGAUAAACCAUGGCAUAUUUGUGCUAGUGAUGCUUUUAAGGGAGAAGGGUUACAAGAAGGUAUAGACUGGCUAAAAGAUCAGAUCCAAGCAGGUGAAGAUGUGAAAAGAUAA